AUGAGCGUGCCAUCACUCAGCUCUCCCACGUCCGCCUCCCAGACUUUGUUUCCUGCAAGGCGAUUACGUCAAUGGCCCUGCAGCUUCGAGAAGGGCGUAAAGAUCAGGGUUGGUGGAGUCUGUCCUGGCGUUGCAGGUGCAGAGCAUGAGACAAUCUCCAUGGAGUGGUUGACGUGUCCUUUUGGUCCGAACCCCAUUUCCUUGCAACAUGACACUGGUCUUGAUGACAUCCGACGCCAGGUGUGA